GCUUACUAAAGACGAAAGCAAAAGUUUUUUUGGUAUGUGCGAACCGAGCAAGUGCCGAUGUUCGCGUGUACUAACAAGUCGAGAAGCCGUUUGCUUAGAAUGGCCGCUAUGGGUGUUUAGUUUUGCUCUAUGGAUAUGUUCAUUAAUAUUAAUUAACACUAAAGAUCCACAUAACAGAGUUGUUCUUUUAUCAGAUGCAAGAUAUUGGUCAGCUCCUCAUAAAAGUACUCUUCCAUACUAUGCUGUCGUCCUUUUUGGGUUAUUCGUCUAUACACCUUUCUCCUUAUUAUUAGAAUAUUUGGCUUGUCAAGGUUGGAAAAGCACAAGACGGACUGAGGCCGUAUAUCGGUCUUUACGGAUGAUUGCGGGCUUAUUAUGCAGCGUUGCUAACGUUGUUUUUGUUACGGAUCUCACAAAGGUAUUAGUCGGUGGCCUUAGACCUGAUUUCCUUUACCGCUGUAAUAACGGAGAUCAUUCCGCUGCUAUUCAAGAGGAUCUUUCAAGUAAUCUUGGCUGUCUCAACCCCGAUGUGAGUGAAAGCAGGAAGAGCUUUUUCAGUGGACACACCAGCACAGCUAUGAGUUUUGGAUUUUUUCUAACUCUUCAGCUAUUAUGGCAUAGUUUUACUACUUAUAAAAGGAGCCCCGUGACACGUAGUCUACUGGUCUGCCUUGCGCUUAUACCAAUAUAUUUAAGUUGGCUGGUGGCGAUCUCGAGGCUAAACGACUACAGGCAUCACUAUGUGGAUGUCGCAACGGGCAUGCUCUUUGCCAUACUCAUCACUGCACUGAUUUUUCUAUCGAUCGCCGGAAAUAUACGGGCUGACUUUGGGCAAACUUACGAGUCGUAGGAUAUCAAUAUCUGCUGUUAAUGUUAAUAAUAAUUGCAGACGGCGUUUAUAUGUUGUUAUCCUUUGAACUCCUUUAAUUUAU